AGGAAAUUUAACUACAUCAAGUGAUACUUGUAUUCAUAUUGUGGAUUUUUUUUUAAAAAUUAAAUAAAUCAGCACUGGAUCUUAUCAAUGACUACUCCAGAUGAUAUUCGAUCACGAAUGUUACACAGAGCUUCUCGACUAAUCAGUGGAAUACGUAAUGAAGAAGCUUGGCAUUUGAUUGGUCUAUUUCAACAAACUCAUCCAAAUACCUUUCUACAAAUAUGUCAUCAUACAUUGGCAUCAUUUCUAGAAUUAACACAUGAUUAUUUUGAUCAAGGUUGGCCAUUAAUGACUCGCCUUAUGAUAUCAAAUCAUAAACGUGGUGAACAUCGUCGAGGACGUUUACGCUCUCAUGCAGUGAGUAGUAGUACAAGUAAAAUCAAUGUACAUGAAGUGUUUGAAUCACCAAUUGGCAGCCCAUUGUUUCUAUCCAGUACUAGUGAUCGGAUAACAAUAUGCCCAUCUUUAAUACUGUCUAAUUCAAAAUCAUCGGAUGAUCAAUCGAAAAAGAUGAAAAUAAAAACUGGUAGCAAACGUAUCCUUAAUCAACUCCUGCCAUCAAUGUUUCCAUUACCUAUCAAUGAUAGUAAUAAUAAUAAUAAUAAUACUGCGACGAAAUCAGCACGUUUUGAUGUAACACCUACAAAGCAAUCCAGUCGAUCACAUUCAAAGACAAAAUCCUUCUUUAAACAUGUUCAACCAUUAUUUUCCAAGUCAAUAAUAACGAAUAAUAAUAGUGAGGCUGUCAGUCGUCAAUUUACCACCACCUAUCCACCAUUUAUGCUCUCCCAAUACAAUUAUUAUCUCACAAUGAAUAAUAAUAAUACGAAAUGGAUAAAUGAUGAUUAUUCAGCAGCCUAUUGUACACGUUAUUGUAAUAUUGAUUCAAAAAUUUGUGCCACAUUGAUUGAUUAUAUGAUUACCAAUCCAAAAUUAUGCCUAACUGAAGGUGUUUUCCGUAUUCCUGGUAACAGUUUACGUAUCCGUGAAUUAUGGUGCAAAUUACACCAACAUUUCCAGUCCCCCUAUCUUCGUAUACCACAACCAGAACCAGAUUCAAUUGAUGAAAAUCUUUCCCCUUAUCCAGUAAUUAAUCAAUAUGAAAUUAGACAAAUACUCGAGUGUUAUUCACCACAUGAUAUAUCAAGUCUUAUUCUACGUUGUUUAACUACAUGUACAGAGUUUCAGCGUAUUCAUCAGGUUAUCAGUUUUGAUGCUACUGAUACAAUCAAUACUGGUGUUAGUUAUGACGCUUCAAAUGAUCCUCAUCAACAUUGCUGUUCUUUCAGUGAUGGGGAAUAUCAACAAACUGGUGGUUUAAUCCCCCUAGAGGCUGGAAAUCUUUUAUUCUUAGCAACUGAAUUACAAUAUAAACUGAAGAUAAAUGAACACAGUCAACCGGAUCCGAAUGCGGUGAAUUAUGACGAUUGGGUGUAUAUACUGUGUCAUUCACGUCAACUACUGGCUUAUCGUAUUGUAUUACAAUUGCUUCUACCAACACCAGAAAGAUUUUUACUCAUGAAUUUAUUACGCCUGUUUAAACUGAUUGAUGAAUCCAGUUCGAUAUCAAAAAUGACAGCUGAAUGCUUGUCAAGGUGUACAGCAUUUGCUGUAUUUGGCGCACCUUUAAAAGUGAAACGAUUCACAUCGAAUAAAGAGACUGCAGGUUAUAAUUUCGAGUCGUAUACGAAUUCUUUGACAAAACGUAUAGAUACAUUGACAAAUUUAAUUAGAAUGGUUCAUCAGUUGGAAGAUCUUCCCAUGCUGAUUUAUAAUGCAGUAAGAAAUCGACUUCGAUCGCAUCUUGGUAAUUCACCGAUACCUAGAACAACUUCACAUACUAAUGAAAAUACUACUACUACUACUAUGUCAUCUACUGACCGAUGCUGUGAGGAUACAUUGUGUUGUUCAAUGAAUUGUUCUUUAACAUCAAGAAGAGAGUUCAUGAAUACUGCACACCUGAUUCCCUGUGAAUCUAUCACUCAGAUAUGCUCAAACAAUCAGUACAACUCAUUGGGAUCAAUAAAAACAGAUCAUUCACAAACAGGAAAAGAGAAUUUCUCACGUAGUGAUCCAAAUCGUGUACAUAUUCCACGUACAAAGUCAACUAUUGAUAUCACUAAAGCUACUACUACACGCAUCCAUCAGAAAGACUGUCAGAAAACAAAUUUACUUCAAACAAUUCUUACCGCGAACAAUACUACUAAUCCUACUAAUAAACUGGAUCCAUUUCAGUUAUGGAAACGUCAAAAAUCAGGUCAAGAAAUACGAUCCGCCUUCAUUAAUUCAAAUUCUUCUUCAUCUUCUUCAAAUGUUUUCAUCACAAAGUGUGCUGGUGGUGGUGGUGGUGGUGGCGACGUUGAUGAUGGUGAUCUUCCAACGAGUAGAGUACUUAUCAAGUCAAGGAGUAGUUCAUUCUUACAAGAAUCACAAGGAUUGCAUACACAAACAUGGUUACGAAAGUAAAGAGUGUUAUACACUAACAGCAAAUAAAGUAAAAUACCUGUGAUAGACAUAUUGUACACAUUUAUUUCAUUUAAAGUAAUAAUUUCUUAAUAAUUUAUCUCAAACAUUAAACCUUUUUCUGUUGUUGUAUAUAACUUCUGGACUAUUUUAGUAAUUUUAUACUUUUUUAUUUCUAUAUGAAAUUAACUCUGUGUAC